AUGUCCCAACAACAACACAAUGAUGACUGCAAAACUUGUUCUGUCAUUAUUGAGUUAAUAGAUUUCGGAAUUGGAACAUGUUAUUCAAAUCUACUAAACAAGUUCCACAAUUAUCAAACAGAUUUGAUCAAAUGGAUGGAUAAUCGUGAUAGGGUGGAUGAUCGAUUUCUUCCAAUCGAAUUCAUGCACGAUAGAUCCUUCGUGAUGGAUUACUUCAAAAAAUUCUCUCACAAUUUCGAGAGUGUAGCCGAUGCAUUCAAGAAUGACAAACAAGUCAUCAAGGAAGUAGUUAGAAAUCUCGGCUGUUUGCUUACCUUUGCAUCUGAUGAAUUGAAGAAUGAUAGGGAAGUUGUUUUGGAAGCUGUCAAACAAGAUGGUUCAACACUUGAAUAUGCAUCAAAUGAAUUGAGAAAUGAUCAUGAAAUUGUUCUGGAAGCUGUCAAACAAGAGGGUGAGGCACUUGAAUACGCAUCAAAUGAAUUGAGAAAUGACAAACAAAUUGUUUUAACGGCUGUAAAAAAAAAUGGUAGUGCACUUCGAUAUGCAUCCGACGAAUUGAAGAGUGAUAUGGAAUUUGUAUUGGAGGCUAGUAAACAAGAUAGUUGGGCAGUUGGUUAUGCAUCUGAUGAAUGGAAGAAUGACAAACAAAUUGUUCUGGAAGUAGUUAGACAAGAUGGUUCAGCACUUCGAUAUGCAUCUGAUGAAUUGAGAAAUGACCAUGAAAUUGUUCUGGAAGCAGUUAAAAAAAAUGGUCGAGCACUUGAAUACGCAUCAGAUGAAUUGAAGAAUGAUAUGGAAAUAGUACUGGAAGCAGUUAAACAAGAUGGUAGAGCACAUGAACAUGCAUCUGAUGAAUGGAAGAAUGAUAAACAAGUUGUGCUGGAAGUGGUUAGAGAAGAUGUUCUUGCUCUUUCCAUGACUUCUGACGUUAAUGCAGAGGAACAAACCAUGUCCUUGUACAUUGCCAAGAAGAACAACAAACAAAGAAGACUCAAGAAGGUUUCCCACAAGAAGAGAAGAAACAAUAAGAAAGUUCACAAAUAUUUGGAUACCUACGGAAGAAAGAGAAGAGGUUUGAAGAGACAUGGUAAGAAGAGAAUUAUCAGAAAGAAGAUUGACGUCUAUGGAAAGAAGAGAAGAUUCAAUAAGAAGAGAAGAAUCGACACUUAUGGAAAGAAGCAUAGAAAGAAUAGAAAACAUGGUAGAAAACACAGAAAGAAUAGAAAGAAUAGAAAACACAAUAAGAGAGUUGAUGUUUACAAGCGUAAAUAA